AUGGAUACUGCUAAGGGCAAAAGGAUUGAUGAAGCAAUGAAACUUUUUUGUGAAAUGCCUCAAAAAGGUUUAGUUCCCGACUAUAUUACCUAUAAUACUCUUAUAAAGGGCUUGUGGGAAGUAGGGAGGUCUCUGAAUGCACUAGAUUUUUUCAAGAACAUGUGUUCUCAUGGCUUGCAGCCAAAUAUGAUAACUUUCUCAACUUUGCUCAGUGGCUUGUGCAAACAAGGAUAUAUUGAUGAGGCACUUGCCAUAUUCAAAGCAAUGGAAAAGAGUCGAUUGAAGCCUAAUUUUAUGAUCUAUAAUAUUCUGAUCCAUGGCAGGUACUAUGUUGGAAAGCUUAAUGAUGCCAAGGAAUUACUUUCUAUGCUUUUUGAAAAAGGUUUGCUGCCUAACGCUUAUACAUACAGUAUAACAAUAAAAGGAUUUUGCAAUGAAGGAUUACUGGAUGAAGCACACAUGGUUUUUAGAGAAAUGGAGGAGGUUGGAUGUUUACCAAAUGAUUGCUGUUAUAAUGUGAUUAUUCAAGGGUUUCUCAGGCACAAGGAUGUAUCAAAAGCAUCAUAA